AUGCAGCACAUGAGCAUCUUUGCCUCGAAACGAGUCUUGUGCCAAGCCGCUUUUUCUCGGCUGAGCAAAGCAGCUGACCUGGCCCGGGCCUGCCACGGACGGUCGAGACUCUGCUCGAAGACACUGACUCUCUCCACAAAUGCAUCGUGA